GUUGAAAGUUAAAGAAAAUAUCUAAAAAUUAGAUUAUUUUACCGCUAAUCGACAAAUCAGUCCCAAGAAGUUAAACAAGUUUUAAAUCAAUGGCUUUACUUUAUGACCCGAUAUAUCCACUUCACGUGCCGUAUGCGGUCUCGGAGUCCAUCUGGCAAUUGCAUGAAAUCCAUUUCUGGCAAUUUUUGCUCAACAGUUGGGGCAAAAACAGAGUUUUUAGGAGUUUGCAGUUUCGAUAUGAAAAGAGACAAAAUCUAUAUGAAGGAAGAGCUCUCUUGAUUGUGGUAAUGGCUUUCUUAUUGUCGUUUAUCAUAAAAAGACUCAUGAAUUGGUACGCGGAUCAGCUCAUCGCUAGAGACAACAAUCAAAAUUUACAGCAAAACAUUGUUAAUGGAAAUCAUGCCAAAGACAAUGAUGUCAACGGUGCUGAUCGUCGCCACACCGAUGAUGACCAAUUCAUUACAGACAAUGAGCCGAAAAAACAUAAUUAGUUGAAAUCAUUUGCAAUCAAACUAUUGUACCGAACAUAUCAUAGUAUUGAAUCCGUUUGAAUAUUACAUUAUUAAUCAUUAAUAGGCAUUGUUUCUAAAAAUUAUUUAUUAUUUGAUGAUUA